AGUCAGUGUUGCCAACGUCUGUGUGAGUGUGAGUGAAAUCCCUCAACCAUGACGUCAUCAUCUCUCCGGGCCGCCGUGUUCCUGUGUAUGAUCGCCCUGACUACUGGAGGGGUUGUGAAACGAGCGCUUGGUGGGUCGGCGAUGAAGCUAGUUUGUAAGCACAUAGCAGAUGUGAACUGCGCCACCCCGAGGGAAACUGCUCUUUCUUGCACAAAGGAGGCCGUCAACUUGCCCAGAAAAGUCAUCUUUGAAACUGGAUGCUCCACGUUCGAAAAAAAUGUGGUCCCGCACGAGGCUCCUCGUGCCUGGUCUAAAUUGACCCUGAGCGGGUCCAAGUACUAUCAGUGCACGUGCUCUAGGCUUGUGGGGAGUGCUGGGCUCCAAUGCUCUUGCCAGUAUACUGAAGAUCAACACCUCGAAAUACUUCGUAGGCCUAAAUUCGAGUAUAAGUGAAGAAUCCGCAGAAAGCUAACAGUGGGGGUCUUUCAAUAACGACCGUUGGCGAUCUAUA